AUGGACUUGGAGGAGGGCCUUCGUUCCCUGAGCUCCGCAGGGAAUGUCUUGAGCUGCGAAGAGCUGUGCCGCCUCAAGGCUGGAUUGAUGCUGCUGAAAGCCAACGAGAAGGGGAAGGCCGUUUCCUUCUGGGGCAAAAUCCUGGGCAAGGAGUCCGACUACUACAUUGCGUGUGCGAUUGCUGCAUCCAAAGACAUGUACCCGGCGAAGUGCUUCUACUAUGCCGGGGAGGAUUUCAAUUUCACGCCAUUGCCUGAAUUGACUGAGGAGGUUGGUGAAGCAGUGCAGGGACUCCAAUUGACAAGCCCACUGACGGGCAAGCCCACUGCCAUGCUCGAGACAGUGGAAGGUUCCGAAAGUCAAGCCACAUUGAACGAGCUUCAACGCUUGGCCUUACUGGUGCAGGAGAUUGAUUUCGAUACGGCCUGCGUGCCCAAAGGCGCUCAUUGCUUGACCGAGGCGCAGGAAGUAGUGCCAAACAGCUCCUUCGGUGGCUUAGAGCCGGCCAAGGCCGCUUCAUUGGCCAAUUACGUGCACUUCAGACCUCCUGCCAGUGUCGUGAGCUUGAAGGCUCAGGCUUCAAACGAUUUGGAGUACCACGCCAAUUUCCUGGAGCCCUUGGAGGCGGAUCUGCCCAAAGGAUGUUGGGCCGUGCGCCAGGAUCCUGCCACUGCCUCCGUGACGCUGCGCUCCUUGUUAUGGCCCGGCUAUUCGGCGUUUCACAUGCCCGGCACCGGAAAGUUCGGAGGGGUCUACUUUGGCUAUGCCUCCAAGAACAACGACUUGGCCUUCCUGAUCUGA